UAUUAUAGAUGUAUAAUAUACGAAUUAUGAAGUGUGAGCUGCUUUUUAGUUGAGAAGUGAGAGACAUUCACAAAGCUUCUUCAUUCAGCUUCUUCUAUAUAUUCUGAUCACUGAUAUCAUAGUGUUACUACCAUCUUCACAUCACAAAAAUGGCUAAAGUUGGAAGAAUGAAGCUGGGAUCACAGGGCUUGGAGGUGUCUCAGCAAGGACUUGGUUGCAUGGGAAUGUCUGCUGUCUAUGGACCUCCAAAACCAGAGCCUGACAUGGUUGCUCUCAUUCACCAUGCUGUUCAAAGUGGGGUCACAUUCCUUGACACUGCUGAUGUUUAUGGCCCUCACACCAAUGAAAUUCUAAUUGGAAAGGCUUUGAAGGGAGGGCUGAGAGAGAAGGUUGAAUUGGCAACCAAGUUUUCAAUCAAUUUUAUUGAGGAUGGGAAGUUUGAGAUCCAUGGAGAUCCAAAAUAUGUGAGAGCUUCCUGUGAAAGAAGCUUGAAGACACUUGACAUUAAUUGCAUUGAUCUCUAUUUCCAGCACAGAGUUGAUACUGCAAGAAAUAAAUAAAUAAAUUUCAAAAGAGGAACUGCAAGAAAAAUGGUGCAGUCCAUCCAUAACUACCACAGAUGGGGCCCUUUCUAAAAGUGCAGCACUGCUAGCAGCAGCUGCGGAAAUUUUUUCUUAUUGUAGGCUGCCACAACCACAAAGUUCUGUUUCAGUUUGCACUCAAAAGAUUUCUCACAAACACAAAGGAUAAGUAUAUAGUACUAUGUUGUAACACAGAAAAUUGAAUAGAAACACUAUAAUGCAAAAAAUCUAUAAUGGCCAUAACAUAAUUACCUAACUCACCCUAACCAUUCCUUAUUACUAAAAUGCAAAAGUACCUGCCUCCACAAUAUUUGCCAUAUGCACUUCAGAUUUUUAGCAUAGUAAUUGUUGUUACCAUAACCAC